AUAAAUCAUAUUGGGCUUAUUUUACUUGAACUCUCUGCAUUAUGUCAUUUCUUUUUUAUUUACUUUCACACUCAAAUACAUGUCUGUCUCGCUGUAGAGGCCGAAAGUACAGUUAAAAUCGAACAAAUCCAUUGCGUAUUAAUGUGAACGUGGCGUAUGUGUCUUUCUCGUGUCGCAGCCUUAUCUCAGGGGUGUUCAGGAGCUAUUUAUCUCGGAGAAAUAUCAAAUUCGUAGGUGCUGCGAAAAGACAAGAUACAAGAGAUUCGGUGAUGUCAGCAGUAGUCACCAGUGAUAUUUGUCAACAUUGCUAAUACGAAGCGACUCGUAAAAUGGCUCAAAGCGUAGCUCUAUUAACGCGUAUAAUGGCAUCUUCGGUGUCCGUCACGGUGCAAGCUGGCAAGAUAAUACGAGACGUUUUGAGUAAAGGCGGAUUAAAUAUAGUGGAAAAAGGCAAAAACGACUUGCAAACGGAAGCAGAUCGUUCCGCCCAGAAGUGCAUCAUAGCUUCUUUGAGCAAACAGUUUCCAAACAUCACGAUUAUCGGUGAGGAGGAACCAUCCAGUUGCGUAGUACCAUCCGAGUGGAUCGUUACAGAGGCAGAUCAAGAAGUGUUGAAGCUAAAGCUACCGGUGCAUCUAGAGGAUAUUAAUCCCAAGGAUGUAUGCAUUUGGGUGGACCCUCUGGAUGGUACAGCAGAGUACACUCAAGGACUAGUGGAGCAUGUUACUGUGUUGGUUGGCAUAGCAAUCGGAACAACAGCAAUCGGUGGUGUAAUACAUCAACCAUAUUACAAGAAUGACAAAAGCGGUUCGCUCGGCCGUACAUUAUGGGGUAUCGAUGGUGCCGGAUUUGGUGGAUUCGCGCCGAAACCACCUCCGGAAGGGAAAAGAAUAAUCACGACUACACGUUCGCAUUCCGACGGCAUUGUACAGAGCGCCAUAAGUUCGUUGAAUCCUGACGACAUAGUACGUGUAGGUGGUGCUGGACAUAAGGUAAUUCUCCUACUGGAAGGUAAAGCUCACGCGUACGUGUUCGCCAGCCGCGGCUGCAAGAGAUGGGAUACAUGCGCGCCUGAGGCCGUUCUUCGUUCCAUCGGUGGCGUUUUGACCGAUCUUUACGGCGAACGUUAUCCGUACAAUCCAGAAACGACGUAUGCAAAUGUGAGAGGCGUGUUAGCUACAGCACCUGGCCAGUCUCAUCAGUGGUAUUUGAAUCGUAUACCUGAUGAGGUGAAGCAAAAGUUGCAAUAGGUAAUCAGGCAUUCUUCACUCUGCAACUUUUGCAGAGUUAUAUAUAUAUAUAUGGUAUACAUGGUAACAAUUUUGGUUAAUUUUAUAAAAAUUAAUGUAAGAAUUAAUGUAAAAAAUGUUAUAAAUUUACAAAUUAUCUUAAUAGUAAUUGCCUUUGUCAUUUAAGUUUCAUUUGAAUUGUCGCUCAAAAUUGAUUUCUUUUUCGAAACAAUCGUGACGAUAUUAAGGUCACAUUAUGAUACGUCGGAAAUUAUAUUUGCCAUUUGCUUAUUUUUGUUGGCGUUAUAGCGCAUAACGAUACAUAAGGAAGAAUAUAAGGAAUAUAAACAUGUAAAAAAAUUUGGAAAGAUAGAAUAGAGAGAAUAGAGUGCCUUGUUUGUCGGUUAAAGAACCAUAAGCGAGCGAUAAGGGGAAGGAAGAUGGACGUGAAAUCCAAAAAGAAAAAAAAAGAAAACGUCAUUAAUUGUCCAGAUAACGUAAUGAAAAUUUCGAGUGUUGAUUUAAAUAUUGAAAGAAAAAAAAAUCAUUCCAACGUCCUAAACUAUCUCGAGAAUUUUUUACACGGAUAACAUCGCAUCCAACGUCUCUCGUUGAGUAUUUAAAUAAGCCCAUCUCACGGGCGGGACUGCGAAUGACAUUUCAUGGCGAAUGUAUACAUUGUUUCUCGUAUAUGUCAAUUACUAUUAGAAAGAAGAAAAAUUGAAAAAGCAGCGCGGUGUUCUCUCCAAGGCAGUGUAAUGCAUGCAAUAAGAGAAGACAAUAAAGUUUCGGUAGAGAAAAACGAUUGAAUUAUUUUGCUCCUACUUUUGUUUUUACCGUGGAGAGACGCAAAAUUCUUCUUUAAACGCUCGAGAAACAGAUGGUUAUGCAAUCAAUGAUCGUCGUGACACCGGUCAAACAAAAAUUAUCCAAGGCAACAUAAAAGUGCAUGGCGUGCGCGUUUGUAGAUAACGAAAGAAAUUACGGCGUAUCUAUCAACGGACACGUUUCAGAUCUCAACGAGACGAGUCAUAAACAUCUUGAAAAGAUAAACGAAUGAGGAAACUAGUUUCUCACACAUAUAUACAUAAUCUCGAUACAUUGACGUAUACAUUUGCAAUCCGGUUUUUUAUCUUCACGAAAGAGAGGAAAAUAGAAGAGGCGUUAUAUGAAUCAGUCAGCGGUGUGCGAUUGUCGGUCAUAUAUUGUUCGACUCUACUUGGAAUCUCUAAUUCUUUUUAGUCGUCUCGUCCAUAUCCUUUUCCAUCUCUACCACCACCAUCACCUCCUCCUCGUCCACUUCCUCCUUCUCCUUCUCCUCCUCUACUUCCUUCUCCUCCUUUUCCUGCUUCACUUACCCACCUUGGUAUCAAAAAGACUGGUCGUCCUUCGAAGAUUCGAUAUUAAAA